AUGUUUCGACAGAUGAACGACGACGCGGAGAUGACUACAGAAUCCGCAUCGUUCUCAGCCGAGUUCUUUGGUCCCGAUCUCCUGGAGACCUAUGAAUGGCCUAUCCUUGCCGAAGCAAUGGACUCGUCUUCUCCUGUUGAUCUCAGUCCGCUCGAGGACUUCAUCGCUCAAGAGAACGCAAAGUGUCUUUUCGGCACCGCUGAAAACCUGUCCGCUUGUGAGCCCGCAGUUUUUCAAGACUCGGUGGAAGCUCAUGAUUCGGAUGCCGCAUGUCACUCCGAGGUCGCCAUCACCCAGGAAGACAUCGAUUAUCUUUUCGACGUCACUAAACACCAAGCCGCUUGUGGGAGCGCAGUUUCUCAAGAUCUGACAAACGUCUAUGAUCAAGUUCCUUCAAGUCACUCUCAGGUCCUCACACAACAGGGCACGGAAGAGAUUGACGCCGUUGUUGGUGGCACUGAGCCCGAGUCCCAUUUUGAUCUUGCCCUUUCUCAAGAUGCUGUGGUAGAACAUGAUUCGGUUCCUUCAAGCUACUCACCAGUUCUCACCCAAGAGCGCAUGGGUGAGAAUGAAGAUCUUUUCGGAAGUCCUGAGCCCGAGUCUCAAGAUCCAGCAGAAGCUGCUGGUGCGGUUCCUUCAUCCACCGCUCAAAGUGACAGUGCUGGCAGUGGAAAUGGGAUCACUGCACCAUCCAAAGAAAAGCCUGCUUUCCCGCUCGCUCUUCCUCAGCCGCAGCCAUCUCCUGCGUCUGCGUCAGCCACUACUCAAAGUGCGAAAGCGUAUUCAUCCAAAAAAGACAAGUCUCACAGGCUCGUUCUGCCUCAGCCUGCUCCAGCUUCUUCAAGCACCCCGCAGAAUGGGAACAUUGCAACUGCACCACCCAAGAGUCAAGCCAAGCCUGCUGUUACCCUUGCGCUGCCUCAGCCUCCUGCGAAUUCUUCAAAUACCACGCAGAAUGGGAGCACCGCAAGCGCAUCAUCCAAGAACAACGCCAAGUCGCAGCCCCAGCCAUCUCCUGCAGUUCCUUCGUCCACCACUCAGAGGCGAAAGGCUGCACCCAAGAAGAAAUCCACGGCUGCUGCCACUCAGUCUCCCCUUCAAGCACAGCCGGACGUGCAGGUGCAGCCUUCUGCUCAGAUUGACUUGACUUCCUCUGAUACCCACCAGACUGGCAAUGGGGCAGCGGUUAGCAACCCCCAGACAGGCAGCUUCCAAGCUGUUAUGCCUCAAAUGUCUGCAGCUGCUGGCAUGAGUAAUGCUUCUGGAUCUGUCCCUCAGAGCUAUGGACAUGGACACUUCCCCACAGGCUGUGGCACAUCAUCCGAGUUCUGUGAAGACCAUGAGAUGGAGAGCAACGCAGCGGUAGCAAAACCACAAGCCUCCAACCCUGGGCCUGUCACUACAUCUGGUCUCCCAACACAGGCUUUGUUUGGCUCUUCCGUCUCCUCUCUUCCAGGACAAGGCCCUGUUGGUUCUUCUGCCACUUCGGCCCAGACGCCACCAUUCGCAAACGGUGUUGGUUAUCCCUUCAUGAUGCCAGGACAGUUCCCAAUCAUGGGCAUGGGUCCCGGCCAGCAGCCCAACUUCAUGGGCAUGCCUCAUCCAGCUCACCUUGCCAACAACUUCAUGGCUGGUCAAUUCAAUAUGAGCCCUGCUGCCACUGGUGGAACUUUUUCAGGCUUCCAAGCCCCUAUGGCUUACCCAAACAACGGAGUGCCAUCUAUGGCACCUCAGCAAGGUUUUCACCCUGUUCAGAACGGACAGACUUUUGCCAACGCUACAGCCUUCCAAGGUGUGCCUCCCAACACUACCUUGUCCGCUGAGACUGGAAGCACCGAGGCCAGCAAUGCCAAGGCUACCAAGACAACCAAAGCCUCCAAGACAGCUCCCGCAAAGGCCCAGAAAGCCCAAGCCCCAAAGCCGCGAAAGGCUCCAGCAAAGAAGGCUGCACCUGUCCAGCCUACACCUGUCCAAAACGUUCCUGUCGUGACUCAGGAAGCAACAUCAACAUCAUCAACAGGGAUGGUUGCAUGGAAAUCCCAGCUUCCUGCCCCCAACCCUUGGCAGCCACUCAAUCCUGAUCAGAUUAUGAUGAUCACUGGCGUCCACCCCCUCCACCUACCCGCAGACAUGGAAUUCGUUUCCAAGCUGCCCGAGGUUCCCGGGAGCGCUAUCAGGCACAAUGACAUGACAAAUCUGACCGCUCAAGAGCGUGAGCUUGUCAUCCACACUGCUGCGCGUAACAUCUUCUACGCUGGAGUUGAAGCAGGAGUUGAGCGCGCGAUUCAGCAAAUGGUCAAUGACAUGGACUCCAAUGGUGAGGCGCUUGGUCUUGCCCCUGCAGACCUUCCUCCCCAAGGACCCUUCCGCACAAAGUUCCUUGACACACUCGAGACCAAGAUGAAGAAAGCCGCCAAGAAAUGGGCUGCCCUCACAUAUGAGGAGGCCGAUCAUCUGAUCAAACCGGUUCAGGCCCUCUAG